AUGCAGAACCCAUAUUAUCAUCAGUCGGCUAGUCAAGGCCAUCAGAGCACCGCAUACGAUUCUUCGUCUCUGCCAUCCGUGGCUCCGCAACAGGGGACUUUCCAACAAGGCGGUGCUUCUAUCCUCUCCGCUCCUCUAAGCAGACCUAGUAGCGGACUGAAAAUGGCACAUCUCUUGCAACCUCCGGCGCCUCAAAUGGCAACUGCGCCGAUUUCUACCUCGCCAUAUUCCCGCUCGUAUGAUUCGGGGUCGGGAUCCCCUGCCGAGCGCUCCUCUGGUUUGGAUGCGCCGUCGCUCAAUGGAUCGGUUCCGGAGAGCGCAGGCUUCAUGUCCGGCCAGAUGACAAGCGCGGGGCAGCAGCAGAAGAGGGCAUACCGACAAAGAAGAAAAGACCCAAGUUGUGAUGCUUGUCGUGAGCGCAAGGUGAAGUGCGAUGCCUCGGAAUCAACCAGUUGUACGGAAUGCUCGAACCGGAAAGUACGGUGUCAGUUCACCAAGGAAACGAACCGACGAAUGUCUUCCAUAAAGCAAGUUCAAGACCUGGAAAAGCAGCUUACAACGACCAAGCAGCAACUGCACCAACUCCGGUCUGGUAUGUUGAGGGCGGAUAACCUGAUGGACAUUGAUUUCGAUGCCGCUGGCCAGCCUGUGUUGCGACUGCCAGAUAUUGGGUACCGUCCGCCGCGGAGAGCACGGCCCACGAUGACCCAGGAUUUGUCCGACGUACGAGCAAAUAUGCGCGAUUAUGGCAGAGGAAUCAUGAAGGUGCCACCGCCAUACCGACAGCAGGGGCCCGAAUCGCUUUUGCCCACUGACUCUCCAGCCUUGCCCCCAAAGAACGUUGCAGACCAUCUGCUUGCGCAAUUCUAUGCAUGUGUGCACUCUGUCUAUCCGAUCAUCCACUGGCCGACCUUCGUUGGCGAGUACGAGAAGGUGUACCAGGCCGGUUCUCUUCGUGGGGUUCCGAGAGGUUGGGCCGCCGUUCUAUUUGGUGUAUUCUCGUGCGGAUCGCUGCAUACUCUCGAGCCCAACAAGGUUCGCGACGGAAAGGAAUAUCUGAAGGUCUCCCUAGGCGUUUCGGACGUUUGGCAAGAUGAAUUCUCCCUGGACCAGGCGCGGGCCACACUCUUGGUGGCAAUUUUUCUCUAUGAGGUAAACUCGAAGUCCGCCAGUUGGGUCUGGUUGUCUUCUUCCGUGAGAAUGGCACAAGAGAUGGGGCUGCAUCUCGAAUCUGGACCGUGGCUAGCUCUUGAAGGCGAGAUGAGAAAACGUGUGUGGUGGGGGAUCUACGCGUGGGAUAGACUCAUAUCGCUGGAGAUGGGGAAACCGCUCUUGAUCAAUGACCAAGACUGCGAUGUCGACCUCCCGUGCCCGAUUGAUGAGCAGUUCAUCUCAGAAGGUGGAACUCUACCCGAAAGUGGUCAAUCAACACCUCUCUUGGCUACAAUCCACGUCGUUCGAUCCAUCGGGCAGCUCACUAAGACGCUGCGGUCUCCCGUUAUCACCCCUGCCACCUUGGAGACAUUCGAGCGUCAUUUCAGUGCCUGUCUGGCGACGUUUCCCGUCCACUAUCUUCCCAAGUCCGACCAACCUCUGGACCCUCGUUCUCUGGCUCCGAUAAUCCAUCUGCAAAACGCUCGUCUCUUCCUUCAUCGCCAUAACAUUUCUCCGCUGUGUCCCCCCGAGGUACGUUAUCCGGCAAUACAGUUCUGCCUCGAGAUAGCUCUCGAUACAGCCCGCCUUCUCUCUCGAUGCAUGCACCUUCCUGCGGACAUUCAGCAGGGAUACCAAGUGAGUAAUACCGGGGAUUGGCGUCCCUUGUUAGCAUCAUCGGCAAGUACGAUGCUUUGUGUGCAUGUGUGGCGUUGUAUUCUUAUGCUCCUGUUCCGCGAAGAAUACUCUGCUGCCUUGGUGUGCGUCCAAGCUAGUGCGGCAAUUGGUGGUUCUCGAUCUGUGAACAAUGCUUGCGGACGUUACAUUGCAUUCUUCUUGAGGCUUCUCCUGGACCGGCUACGGCGUCCUGAGGUAGUGGUGUUGGACCGCGAUGAAGAAAUGCUCGCCUAUGUCUCUGGCGAUAUGCAGAGCAGUACGGAAGAAAGCUGGAUCUGGCAAGGGAGCGAGACGGGUUCUCAGCUCCCGACAGUGUCCCCACGGUCAUCGAACACUCCUCCUUUUGGAGGCAACGCCACGCAGGGACUCAGAGAAGAUUCCGUAUCCGGGGAGAGAGAUCCAGAAUGGGAAGGCUGGGAUUGGGUCCAGAGAACGGUCGAAUACCUCGUCAACGAAAAGGAGCAACGUCAAAGAACGUACGACAGGAAUGACAUGCAGACUCUGCCUAGGUCAAUGGAGACACGAUCAGAUCCGCCAUCCGUCGGUUCGGAAACUACCAGUUCGUCCAGUACACCACAGCAGCCACGUUCCAGCGCCUCCAAUUCGCGAAUGACAAUCGCAAGCAUCAUCUAG